UAUUAUAGGUUUAGAAUAGAAACCCUAAAAACGCCGAGUCGAGUUGAACCUUUCACCCAGCCGCGACUCACCAUUCCCAAUCCCAAACUCAAAAUCCUCUUUAACUUUACCAACAUUUCAGGUACGACGAGCAAUUCCCAUAUUUUGUUUUAGCUUCAACAUAAAUUAGAUUUCUUGAAAGUUUUGAUUUUUGGUUGAAAGAUCAAAACUUUGAUGGUUUUGACAUAUUUUUGUUGUUAAAAUUUCAAGAAAAAGAAACGUGAUUACUUUAAAAUUUAUGAUUAACUCUUGCUGGGGUCUUAUGAUCAACCUAGAAUCCACCAAAAGCACAGGGUUUUAUAUUGUUGGUUUUGAGUUGUAUCAUUUAGUUGACAUUCUUUUCCAUAGUAUGGUGAAGUGAAGCAUGCAUUUUGUGACAUGUUAAAUUGCUUGUUCAUGGUAUUAGAUAUGAGUUUAUGCUGGCUUGAAGGAUGAUGGAGCUGAGUCAAGAUGUGGGAAAAGUUAGUUAGUUGUGGGAGAUACUGGUUAUAGUACUUUUUUGAUAAAUCCUUAUAGGAAGUAUUAUUUAGAAUGAAGGAAGAUUUGGAAGGUUGUGGUUCUAGUAAGAGAGCUCGGCAAGCUGAUGAUGUUGGACCAUCUUAUUUAGCUUUUCUCUCUGACGAUGAAGAGGAACAAGAGCAUGUCGGUUAUGGCAGAAGUAGAGGAAAGCAAUUGAUGGGAGACAGGGAUUUAGUGUUAAAUUUGACUCCACUUCGGUCAUUAGGGUAUGUUGAUCCGGGUUGGGAGCAUGGUGUUGCUCAAGAUGAGAAGAAGAAAAAGGUCAAAUGCAAUUAUUGUGGAAAAGUAGUUAGUGGAGGUGUUAAUCGGUUUAAACAACAUCUUGCUAGAAUUCCUGGAGAAGUAGCACCUUGUAACAAUGCUCCUGAGGAAGUGUAUCUUAAAAUGAAAGAGAAUAUGAAAUGGCACCGUACUGGGAGGAGACAAAAAUGGCCUGAUGUUAAGGACCAAUCAACUUUUUAUAUACAGCCAAAUAAUGGAGAUAAAACGAAUGAGCAAGAGGAGGAAGCUUUAAAUCAAAUGAGCAAGGAGAGAUUGGCAGUUUCUGAUAGAAGACUGAGAAAAGAUUUGAGAAUGGCUUUUAAGGAGAUGUCUCCUCACGAUAGUUUCGAACCGUUACUGAAAAAAUCAAGAUUGGAUUCUGCUUCUCUGAAAUCACCACAUGGUCAGACUCCACUAUCCUACAAACAAACGAAAUCAAAAAGAGGAUCUGGUAAAAAGUCCCACAAGGAAGUUAUUUCUGCAAUUUCCAAAUUUUUUUACCAUGCAGGAGUUCCUUUACAAGCAGCAGACUCCCAGUACUUUCAUAGUAUGCUUGAGUUGGUUGGUCAAUAUGGACAGGGGUUGGUAGGCCCUACAAGUCAACUGAUAUCUGGUCACUUGCUACAGGAAGAAAUUGCAACUAUUAGAAAAAACCUAGUUAAGCUUAGGGCUUCUUGGGCAAUUACUGGUUGUUCGAUCAUUGCCGAUAGUUGGACAGACCUUGAGGGUAGAGUAUUAAUCAAUUUUUUGGUUUCUUCCCCCCAUGGUUCAUAUUUUGUUUCUUCGGUUGAUGCCACUGAUGUUGUGGAAAAUGCUCUAAAUUUGUUUAAGUUGCUGGACAAAGUGGUUGAAGAGGUGGGCGAGGAAAAUGUGGUGCAGGUAAUCACUGACAAUACCCCCAGUUAUAAGACUGCCGGAAAGAUGCUUGAAGAGAAGCGAAGGAAUCUAUUCUGGAUGCCUUGUGCAACCUAUUGUAUUGACAAGAUGCUUGAAGAUUUUCUCAAGUUAAAAUGCGUAUCUGAAUGUAUGGAAAAGGCGCAAAAAAUUACAAAGUUUAUAUACAAUCAAAUUUCUUUGUUAAAUCUAAUGAAGAAAGAAUUUACCCAAGAACAGGAACUUCUGAGGCCUUCAGUUACCCGUUAUGCCUCCAGCUUUGCUACAUUGAAAAACUUACUGGACCACAGGAUUGAUCUUAGAAGAAUGUUUCAGUCAAACAUAUGGAUAUCAUCUCAGUUCUCUAGAUCAGAUGAGGGAAAAGAGGUGGAAAAGACUGUUUUAAAUGCUACAUUUUGGAAGAAGGUGAUGUAUGUUUUAAAAUCGGUGGAGCCAAUAAUGGAAGUUCUUCAAAAGGUUAAUACUGGGGAAAGCCCGUCCAUGCCAUACAUAUAUAAUGACAUCUACAGGGCAAAGGUUGCAAUUAAAUCCUUUCACGGUGAUGAUGUUCGCAAAUAUGGACCAUUCUGGAGCGUGAUAGAUGAUCACUGGAACUUGUUAAUCCACCACCCUUUAUAUGUAGCUGCAUAUUUCUUGAAUCCGUCUUACAGAUAUCGUCCUCAUUUUGUGGCGCAUCCAGAGGUGGUGCGAGGACUAAAUGAAUGCAUUGUUCGGCUGGAGCCAGACAAUGCAAGAAGGAUUGCUGCUAUUUCACAGAUUUCUGAUUAUAGUUCUGCAAAAGCUGAUUUUGGAACUGAAUUGGCAAUUAGUACUAGAACAGGGCUUGAUCCAGCUGCAUGGUGGCAACAACACGGGAUAAGUUGCUUAGAGCUGCAAAGGAUAGCUGUUCGUAUAUUAAGUCAAACAUGCACAUCCAUUCAAUGUGAGCAUAACUGGAGCAUAUAUGAUCAGGUCCACAGACAAAGGCAUAGUCGUGCUGCUCAGAAAAGAAUUAAUGAUCUUACCUAUGUACACUACAAUUUGCGUCUUAGAGAACACCAUAUGAAAAAGAGGUCCGAUGAUGCAAUCUCUUUUGACAGUGUUCUUCAAGAACAUUCACUGGAUGACUGGAUUAAUGAAGGAGAGAAACAAGCAUCACAAGAUGAGGAAGUAUUAUUUAGAAUGAAGGAAGAUUUGGAGGUUGUGGUUAGUAAGAGAGCUCGGCAAGCUGAUGAUGUUGGACCAUCUAUUUAG